AAAGCGAGCGGUUAAGGGGGCGGUUACCACCCCUACCGGACUCGCCCGGCACAUUGCCGGGCCCGAGUGUGGAGCCGGGAAGGAAGGAGCCGCGACCUAGCUGCGCAAAGGAACCCUGAAACAACCUUGUAAAGAAGCCCAGCUAGCAUGCUGGAGGAAGAGAUGAUGUGGCAAGAGAGGUCAGUCAAGAGCCAACCAUCAGACAUAUGAGUGAGGCCAUAUUAGAACAUUGAGGCCCAGUCACAUUGCCAGAUGACUAACCAUAUGAGGGACCCUAAGAAAGACUAACAGAAGAACCACCUAGCUGAUUUUACCCCAAAUUGCUGACCCACAAAAUCAAAUGAUUAUUUCCCUUUGAUCACCUCUUCCAGUGUCAUCCUCCUCCCUCCGUUUCAUGCAUCUAUAGGUGCCACUUACCUCUAGCCUGAGGAGGUACUUUAUGGCUGUCUUGGCAUCAGGAUGCUCCAGGAUGAAACGCCAUAGAACACUCAGCAGCAGUGACAGUUCAGACGAGAGUCCUUCCACUUCCUUUACUUCUGGCUCAAUGUAUAGGAGCAAGUCAAGAAUUCCAAAUGAACACAAGAAGCCUGCUGAGGUAUUCCGGAAGGACCUCAUCAGUGCCAUGAAACUUCCAGAUUCUCAUCACAUUAAUCCUGACAGCUAUUACCUCUUUGCGGAUACAUGGAAGGAAGAAUGGGAAAAGGGAGUCCAGGUACCAGCCAGUCCAGACAGUGUUCCACAGCCUUCCCUCAGGAUUGUAGCCGAGAAGGUAAAGGAGGUUCUGUAUAUGCGGCCCCGGAAGUACAUCCACUGCUCCAGCUCGGAAACCACAGAACCUGGCUACAUCAACAUCAUGGAGUUGGCAGCAUCUGUGUGUCGCUAUGACCUAGACGACAUGGACAUCUUCUGGCUCCAGGAACUCAAUGAAGAUCUCGCAGAAAUGGGUUGUGGGCCAGUUGAUGAGAAUCUUAUGGAAAAGACAGUAGAAGUCCUGGAACGCCAUUGCCAUGAAAAUAUGAACCAUGCUAUUGAGACAGAGGAAGGGCUAGGCAUAGAGUAUGAUGAAGAUGUGAUCUGUGAUGUGUGCCGGUCUCCAGACAGUGAAGAAGGGAAUGAUAUGGUGUUCUGUGAUAAGUGUAACAUCUGUGUGCAUCAGGCCUGCUACGGCAUCCUCAAGGUCCCAGAAGGCAGCUGGCUGUGUCGUUCCUGCGUCCUGGGCAUUCAUCCGCAAUGUCUGCUAUGUCCAAAGAAAGGGGGGGCCAUGAAAACUACCAGGACAGGGACUAAAUGGGCUCAUGUCAGCUGUGCCCUGUGGAUUCCAGAGGUCAGCAUUGCUUGUCCGGAGAGGAUGGAACCAAUCACAAAGGUCUCCCACAUCCCACCCAGUCGAUGGGCCUUAGUCUGCAACCUGUGCAAGUUGAAGACAGGGGCUUGUAUUCAGUGCUCUGUGAAAAGCUGCAUCACUGCCUUCCACGUCACCUGUGCCUUUGAGCACAGCCUGGAGAUGAAGACCAUCCUCGAUGAGGGCGAUGAAGUGAAGUUCAAGUCUUACUGCCUCAAGCACAGCCAAAAUAGGCAGAAACUCGGGGAGGCUGAGUACCCCCUACACAGGGCUACAGAGCAGAGCCAGGCCAAAAGUGAGAAAACCGGCCUGCGGGCACAGAAGCUUCGGGAGCUGGAGGAGGAAUUCUAUUCCCUGGUCCGCGUGGAAGAUGUGGCCACAGAGCUGGGGCUGCCCACACUAGCCGUGGACUUUAUCUAUAACUACUGGAAACUGAAGCGGAAAAGUAACUUCAAUAAGCCGUUAUUUCCUCCGAAGCAGGAUGAAGAAAACGGCCUGGUGCAGCCAAAAGAGGAGAGUAUUCACACUCGCAUGAGAAUGUUUAUGCAUCUACGGCAAGACCUAGAGAGGGUCCGAAAUCUGUGCUACAUGAUAAGCAGGCGAGAGAAGCUGAAACUAUCACAGAACAAAAUACAGGAACAGAUCUUCGGUUUGCAAGUCCAGCUUGUUAACCAGGAAAUUGCUGCAGGACUUCCUUUGACAAAUGCACUAGAAAACUCACUGUUUUACCCACCACCAAGAAUUACCUUAAAGUUAAAAAUGCCCAAAUCAGCGCCAGAAGACUGCCGAGACAGCCCCGCAGAGCCUGAGCCCGGAGCCCUGUCCUCUGCUAGCAGCACCCCUGCCCACAGCAUAAGGAGCGCACAGGUGCCUCAGGAGUCACUAGAAACGAGAACGAGACCGUACCCGCGACACCCACUGGAGAGCAAAAAUAACCGUGUGCUGGCCAGUCUCAGCCACUCUAGGAGCGAAGCGAAGGAUCCCAGUCCUGCUUGGAGCGCCCCAUCUCCAGAGUUCUAUCACGGGCAGUCGCUGGGGAAGCCUCUGGUCCUUCAGGCUGCCCUGCAUGGACAGUCUUCCAUGGGGAACGGGAAAAGUCAGCCUACCUCCAAGCUUGCCAGAUCCAACGGCCUGGAGGGCAGCUGGUCUGGAGAUGUCACCCAAAAAGACAGCUCGAGUGCCAUGUUCUGUGACCAGGAGUCCAUGCUCAGCUCCCACUUGGCCAGUCAGGGCACCUUUAGAAAAUCUACCGUGGAACACUUUAGCAGGUCCUUCAAGGAGGCCACCAGCAGGUGGGUGAGGACCGCAGAGGACCUCCAGUGCUGUGCAAAGCCAACCAAGAAUAUUAACCCCAAGGAGCAGCUCUGGGGCAAGCAGCUUGUCAGGCGGUCUGCAGGGAGAGCUCCCUAUCAGGAAAACGAUGGGUAUUGCCCAGAUUUGGAGCUGAGUGAUUCAGAGGCAGAAAGUGAUGGGAAUAAAGAGAAAGUCAGGGUAAGGAGAGUUAGCUCAGACAGGGAAAAUCCUCCCCAUGACUCUCGACGGGAUUGCCAUGGCAAAAGCAAGACACAUCCCCUUUCCCACAGCUCGAUGCAGAGGUGAUCAGCAACCUCCAAGAGUAGCGUAAUCUUUGCCUUUGCCCCAUACAUUGGGGGAAACCCCCACACCAAAAGGAUUCUAGCAUAUGUCAGGAGGAAUUGUAGUGAAAAGAAUAAAAUGUUUCCACAGUAAAUUGGCUUGCAGCUUUUGAAACAGUUCCAAGUCUAGUUUUCACAAGCACAUUAUAAGAAUUGCAGAUUAUCCGGAAGUUUUCCUGCCAGAGGCUGUUGAGAACGGCUGGGCCUAGAGUACUUGCUCAGUAAAUACUUGGGGACAGCUCUCCAGUCACAUCAACACAUUGACGUACAUACGUAUUAAGAGUCCUUGCGUCCUUCACGGAUUUGCAAGAGACCAUGAUUAUCAGACACUAAAACUACUUAUCUUUUGAAGCUACAGCCUGUGACUCCCAGAGCCCCUGUCUGUAGGCAGUUUCUAACUCCACUGGUACCUGGGAACCUGCCGCGGGGAGAGACCAGGGACCGACAUCUCAGAUACUGUCAGACUCACUACCCUCUUCCUUUGCUCCGCACAAGGUUGAGCUCUUUUCGCAGUAUCUUACCUUACCGAGUCAGUACUCCUAAUGCUUCUGAGUGUCCAGUGCCUGUUCCUAGACUUGCUUGUUGGGGACGCACUUGUAACUACUUCACCCGUCUAACAAGCAUAAAAGGCUAACUUGUGGAUAGUGUUUACAAAGGUACAAAAAAAGUACUACUUCCAAGGAAAGUGCUCUGAUUCUUGCAACUUAGGCAUUUGUGAAGGAUCCCAGAGCCUUUCCCAAAGUGAGACCAAUUCUGGGGGAUUUGUACCAGGUCAGGGUUUUUGUGUUAUUGUUUUCAAAUCAGUUUGACUUAAAUAAGUUUGGCUGACAGUUUUUGUAUACCUGCUUUAAUGUUUAUAAAAUUUUUAUUGAGGUAUAAUUAAAAUAUAGUAAAAUGCACAGAGGUUAAGUAUUCUUACCUGCUUUAAUUUUGAAACAGAUUUUUAUUGUCAAACAGAAUUUGAAAGCGUGUGUUUAACACAUGGAUAUAAUUUAGCUUUGUACCAACUUUGAAUCCGAGGCAGUUUCCCAAACAAAAAGGCUGGAGCCAUUUUUCAGAAGUUGCUUAUACCCUGUUCCCAAACUAUCAGCUUUGACUGAUUUCUGGGAGGAAGAGAAUAAUUACAUGUGUGUGUGGGCGGGGGGGGGAUAAAACACGUCUGCUUCCCAUUUAAAGAAGGGGGAAAUGUUACAGUUUUUAAAAUGUGAAGCCGACUAUAGUUCUCUGCUCUCUUUUCUUCUUAGCCUUAAAUUAAUAUUCUCUUUCUUCUAGUUUGGGAAAGUGUAGUGGGAGUUUUCAGACAAAAGAGGCCAUUUUUAGAUUUUUAACGUUGCUUGCUGGUGAGCCAACAGCCCCACUGCGGUAGGCGCCCGGCAGCCCGGGGCUCCUCCGCUUUCCGCCAACAUGGGAAACACAGCCCUGCUCCUCUCCCCGCUUCCGUUCCUGCAGCCUUGUUCGUGGGUUCCGUGGCUUUUGCUUUGUUCCUCCUUUUUGGAAAACGUCUGCAUUUUGCCUCCCCUUUGGCCACACCUUGACGAUGUUUCUUCUAUGCCCGUGUACGUGUGUGAACACGCCGUAGCAUGUGUGGAAGGCACCCCGUGUUCUGCUCGGAUGGAAACAGUGAUGAAUUCGCCAAAUGAGGGAGACUGUUUCCCGUCUGUAUGCACUAGGUUCCUGUGCUUUUUCUCUGAGUUCUGCUGGGGUGGAUAUGAAUUUGACACCUUCCUGGGAAUGAAAUUUAUAAUGGACCUGUGUUCUAAACUCCUUCUGUUCAAGGCCAGUAUCACAGCCUGUGUCCUUUCAUGCCUUUUGAUUCUGAGUGAGUGCGAGGAAAAGCAAACAUUGAAAAAGUGCUUCAGCCAAAUUCCAUAUGUAAUGCCAUUGGGAGAGGAUUGACUAAAAUCAUUUCAGUCAGGGAAAUAUAGUUGUAAUAUUUUUACAGGAUUUUCCUAAGUAAAUGAAGGAGCCUUCAGUUGUAUAAAUUUCAAUUGCCCCAAAAUGUAUUUGCUACAUUUUGCUGUUGUUUGAAGUAUUACCUCUUAACCUUCUUUUGUUAUUUUUUUUCAUUUUGUCUUAUAUAGUCCAGUUUUCCAAGAUAAACUCAGUCUUUUUUCAAAUGUCACCUUUUUACCAAUACUUUUUCAUUAAAUUAUGAAAACUGC